AUGGCGUUGUGUCACGCCUUGGAAAAGUUAAGGACAGAGGAUGCGCAGAGUGACGACGUGGCAUUGAUACAAAGAAAUGAUCAAGACAAGGUGGACGUUUCAUAUAGGCAAGUAUAUCAAUGGCAACAGGAAUUGCGAGAAGUGUUGUGUCUUGACGGUGGAGCGGACGAAGGGGUGGUAGCAAUCAACUUGAUGCCGUUUUCGAUUGAAGAGACAGCGACAAUGCUAUUGAUGGCAGAGCAGAGACAUUGGACGUAUGUGCCGGUAGAUAUACAGCUUCCAAUUGCUAGACAACUUUCGUUGUUGCAAAGUGCAGGAGUACGACGUCUUGUGACGACAGUAAGGAGUGAACUGGUCAAAGCUCUGGUAGUGGAUGAGGAUCCGAAGGUGGCAACCAUCAAGUCAUGGACACUUGACUCUACGAUGAGUCCUUUUCAAUCUGUGCAAGUAGUUGCGCUCCCGAGCAACUACUUUCAAGCAGAAGGUAAUUGGAAGUGGCAAAGAAAACUGAGAGUCGGUCAAGACUUUGUAGCGCCAUUGUAUGUGCUUUUCACAUCAGGGACGACAGGAAAAGCUAGAGGAGUAUUAGGGACACGACAGGGAGCAUGGACUCGACUGGAAUGGAUGUCGAAGACGUAUUCAUUUAUUACCUAUGAUGCAGGUAGAACAACGAGGGAACGAGUGCUGCGAGCAACGAGACUUUCGUUCGUGGACUCGGUUUGGGAAAUCCUCGGUGCGUUCUUGCAACGUGUGCCGCUGGUUCAUCUGCAGUCUCCACGGAAUCAAGCAGAAGGCAAUAGCCACUCCUAUAUGAAAAGUGUUGUGCUUGACAAUAGCUCACGCUUUCUGGAGGUGAUCCGCAGCGAGAAAGUGACCCGUUUCACUACAGUGCCGAGUGUGCUGGAAGUUUUACUGCUGCAAACGACAGAGAUUGAUCGGCAAUCUUGCUUGGCUGGACUUCGUUAUGUGCUGAGUAGCGGUGAAGCACUGUCACUUCAUGUCCUGCAGCAACUCAUGGCCAGUUUGCUAGACGUGACCGUCCUAAACCUCUACGGUAGCACGGAAGUGAGUGGUGAUAUCACGUGUAUGGAACUGAAGGCACCUUUCUCUACGGUUCAGAUGGUAGAAUGGCAAGAAUAUGGUAUCCCCAUCGCUUCGCUCGAUAGAUGUGGAGUAAUUGGUGGUGAUGAAACAUCCCUCGUACUUCUACCCGAGGGUGUUGAGAAGACUGUCCUUCCUUCAAGCGAUGGCUUACCAACAGCAGUCUGGCCGAUGAAGAAUUCCAGAGAGUCAAAAGUAUCUACUGAGGUUGAUGAACAGAAAAUUACAGGCGUUCUCUACGUUUCAGGACCCCUUCUUACCUAUGGAUACUUUGAUAACGACCACGAAGACGUCUUUGCUGACUCGCACUCGUUGUUGAGUGGUUUGAACGAGAACAACGAUAAAAUAACGGUGCCAUCGAGCCGAUGGUUUUGCAGCGGUGAUACUUGCUCGGUAAUCCGAGGACAUCUAUAUUUUUGCGGACGCAUGGACAAUGCCGUGAAAAUUCACGGACAACGAGUCUACAUGGAAGUAGUGGAACGUGCAGUAGCAAGUGCUCUCAAAGAAACAAUGAGAGACACACGAUUUGAUCACCAAGGCCAGGUUUACGCGUUUGCAAUAACGAAGGACGCGACCAAACAUGCGUUUCUGCAAACGUGUAUCGUGGCUUGCAUCGUUUGCAACGACGACUUGAGCAAUCCCGCCAUCGCUCGAUAUUUUCCUACAAAAGCGUUUGAUGCUUGGAUAGCAGAGAGCUUCGGAACGUCACACAUUCCUCACAAAGUGUUUAUGAUGUCAACAAAAGCUGUGCCACGACUUGCACAUGGAAAAAUUGAUCGGCAAGCGUUGAAGAGAUUGAUCGAGCAUUUCAUUGAUGAUUGCAACGUUUCGCUGCCAAGGCCGCGCAUUAACAAAGUGAAAAGCACAUCGGAAAAGUUAGUUGCGAGAUUUCUGAACGAGUUUCUAGAAAUUCCCUUGUUGGAUGACGUUUUCGAUGACAUUCACCCCCGCACGUUCAGAGAGGUAGGUGGAAAUUCACUACUAGCAGCUCUGUUCGUGCAUGAACUUCGUCAAGAAUGUAACGAGCUUUCCUUGACUGCUCAGGACUUGCUUGGAAUGGAAAUCAAGGACAUUCUGUCUGCAUGCACUGGAAGCUUUCGAACCCAAGAUCACAUAUGCGAAACGAUGAAAGAGGAGAGCUCAUUGCCAUUGAGAAAGCGUUCAUGCAACUACAGUUCAGUCAAUGAAUGUGCCUCAGGCACUGCAGGUGAACUCAAACGACAAAAGAAAAGACACCAUGCGUACUCAGGUGACAAUGUUGGCAAUGGUCGCGGUAGCACUCAUCAAAGCAGAUUGACGGUUGUAUCUCGCUACAAUCACUCAUCUGCUAGUGUCGACGGUCUUUACCUCCCUACGUGCUAUACUCAGCCUUCGUCAUCGGUAAAGGAGACUGUUCCAGCAUCGUCAUUGUGCAUGCCGUGGGAACUACGACGUACGUGCCAAGUUGACCUCGGGAAGUGCAUCGAUGCGUCCCCUAUUGUAGUACAGCAUCGCGACCACAAAGGUGCUGUUUGCUCUACUUGGGCAAUUAUCGGCUCACACUCAGCCCAGGUAGUUUGUGUUGAUGUGGUGGCAGCUGGGCAGGCAAUUUGGCGAGUCACACUUGAUGAUCGUAUCGAAGCGUGCGCAGCUAUCAGUGUAAAGCACGAAAUCGUGUAUGUGGGAACGUAUGCAGGAUCACUUUUCGCUCUGAGUCUGCAAUCUGGAGUCACCCAUUGGAGAUUCCACGCAAAAGGAAUCAUCAAAGCUUCAGCAUUGGUGAUGGAUAAUCAGCAACUGGUAGUCUGCGGUGCAUAUGACAACACGUUGUACGGUCUAGAUACGUUGACGGGUCAACAGCGAUGGGCAUUCGACGUUGACGGUAGCAUUUUUGCAACACCUCUUUACUGCGCUUGGUCCGGACAACUUUUUUCCGCUACCACGAACGGGAAUGUCGUGGCUCUGCGUUCAUCUUCCAACUUUGACUGCGUCGAGGAACAAUGGAAGAUGCAGCUCCAGGCUCCGGUAUUUGCAGGACUGAAUGCCGACUCCACUUGCAAGAUGCUGAUUAUCGGGUGUGCGGAUGGACAGCUCUACGGAGUCUCAAUGAGUACCGGUAGCAUCCAGUGGCAGGUCACGACGGAUAAGCCAAUUUUCAGUUCGCCUUGCGUCUACCGUCCAGGAUCGAUUGUGUUUGGAUCUCACGACGGUAUGCUACGAAAAGUAGAUUGCCAGAAUGGAAAACUCGCAUGGACUACCAACCUCCAUAGCGCCAUCUUUGCAUCACCAACGGUUGUUCGGCUUCAGUUUGCCUCGAGAUCAAUGAACCAGAGCGAAACCAAUGAUGAUGGUCGCUUACUUUGUUGCGUCACAACUACAGCUGGCGGUUUGUACUUCUGCGACGAAACUACAGGGUCCAUUGUGUACCAAACGAAUGAGUCAAGUGGUGAAGAAGACACGCACGAUACAACUAGCAAACAGUGUAGCACUAAACUAGGUCCACUCUUUGGCUCACCAGUGUUAGUUGACAACUGGUGCUUACUGGGCACACGAACAAACCACUUCUACAUCUUUGAGCUGGUGUGCACCAACUCAGCUACCAAAUCUGGUUCAUCCCGAUGA